AUGGCAUGGUGUAUCUUGUACUCGCAGCACGUAGAUAAGAGGAAUGUCGUAUGUUCAGCAUCAAACAUUCUUAUACGCAGAAACAACGAUGGGCCAGAUCAUGAUUCGUGUGAGGAGGUACCAGAGAAAAUAGUGGUCAGCCACCAAAUUCCCAAUUCAGAUCCUCUAGCAUCUCAAGAAGCUCCUUCGAACACAUCCUUGUCGGAGAACAACGUGCUCCCACCGGCCCACGGAUGUCGCGCCUCCAGCAGUAACAACUCCACGAAUGGACACCCUCUCAAUGCUGAAGCUGAAGAAGAAAAGCUAUGGACUACCAACGCUUUCGGCGAGGGUGUGUUCAUCAAAAGAUCCAAAGGCCAUUAUACAUUUGCGCCACAAGACGUUGCAGAGGAUACAAGCUUGUAUCAGUCGAUUGUGCAGAUGAACGUGAGGUGCGCUAUGACGAUUAAUACGAGUGUUAUCAGAUAUGUUCUCCAGCGGACCGAUGUGCCAUAUGUUCAGAUUCGAUCAGGUCUGCGGUUGCAGGUUGUUCCCGAUUUUGAAGCGUUAUCACAUGGUCGAAGAGGCCAGUCUGCUUCUUUUGUCGCAUCACAUCAACUAUUGGUUGUAUGGCAAGACGAUCCUAAGCUGUUCGUAGAGCGUGCAGAAGUCAUUAUCAACUCCCUUGUGCGAAUGAUGUGCAGUGACGAGUAUGGCUCUCCAGACGAUGGCGAACUUGAGGAGAUCACCGGCAAGACUGCCUGGAGUGGCAUGGCCGAGUACAACGACACCCUGGGUCCCGGCGAGACAUUGGAAGAAGAGCCCCGGAAGCUUAAACUGUGGCAGUCGAUAUACACGGGCAUAUCCAUCAUGCUAAUGACGACCUGCAUUGGCUCUGGCUUCCGGGAAAUUGCUGGGCCAACAGACCAGAUGAAGGAGAACAGCAGAUAUUAUUCAGGGAAAGCUCUGCGUCGGCUGCAUCGCGACACAUAUGGCGGCACGCUCCCACAUGAUGCAAUUUCGACAUACGAGCUACAGGGUGGAACAGCGAACCUCUUUGUGAGUGAUGACGGCAUGCAAUUGAUACGAGACGAGGAAACACCUAAACCCUUCCACCGCGGAGGAAAGUUCAAAAAAGCAUCGAAUAUGAACUAUGCCCUUCGACUUAGCGUGAUGAUGGAUGAGGACGCUGCCUACAACACAACUCUCGAGACCGCUAUAACGGAGCGCGAGAGCGAGACAUGGGCUGAGGGUAGCAUUCGCAUUGGCGACUAUAUCCUUCUAAUCGACUCCGACACACGCGCACCAAGUGACUGCCUGCUCGAGGCCGUCAGCGAAAUGACCGUGAGCCCGCAAGUCGCUCUUCUACGAUACUCGUCCGGGGUCAUGAACGUGACGUAUAAGUUCUUUGAAAAAGGCAUCAAAUUCUUCACAAACAUGAUCUCUAUCAUGAUACAAUCUGCCGUGGCCGGCGGCGACGUGGCUCCGUUUGUCGGGCACAAUGCUAUUCUCCGCUGGUCGGCGAUGCAGGAGAUUGCGUAUGAUUGCCGGCACGACGGCUAUGAGAAAUAUGCCUACAGCUGCAACGAACUCAUCUUCCACCCACUCAAACACUGGCCCACCGCCGGCCCGCUCACCCUCCUCUUCCGCACCUUCCUCACCUCCACCAUGCCCCUCGCCUCCAAAAUUACAAUCCUCGCCUACAUCGGCACAUACUACGCCAUCGGCUCCACCUGGCUCCUCACUCUGCUCAACUACUUCCUCAUCGGCUUCUUCAACGGCGCACUCGACCACUUCUACACACAAUCCUUUCGCGUCUACUUCGCCCUCAUCUUCGUCUUCACCCUCAUCGGCAACCUCGCCCUCGCGAUCCUACGCUACCGUAUCCAAGAAUCCCCACUCUGGCUGGGUCUUGUGCAAAAUGCAAAAUUCAUCCCUUUGCUCACCGUCUUUCUUGGCGGCGUGUCGUUGCAUGUUAGUCAGGCGUUGGUUUGCCAUUUUUGCAGCGUCGAUGUGGAGUGGGGUGCUACGACCAAGGAACACACCCGCGUCACUUUUUUCCAGGCUAUCAGGGAUGUUGCGCGCAAGUUCAAGUGGAGUUUGGGGCUUUGUGUUGGUGUGGCUGUGGGUAUGGUGGUGUUGGGGUUUGGGGUCCCGCUUGAGUGGCGCGUACGGGAUGUGGUGGCGUGGUGGCCGUUGUUGACGGUGGUGGUGAAUCAUGCGUUGUUGCCUGUGGUGGUGAAUCCGCAGUGGAUGACUUGUAGGUGGUGA